AUGGGCUUUCAGUAUGAGCUGGAUGGCUCCGUCGAGACACACGACCCAGCUUUGCCUUCAACCACAGCAUGUCCAUAUCUACCGGGCCAAACAGUCAAUACUUUAAUUGUCCCUGUCGAGCAGGCUCUCCGGCAGCGCAGUGCUUCCCUCAACUCUAUGUGUGAGAGCGAUCUCAAGACCAUGAAUCCCGAGUCCAAGUACAACACACCUCGACCCGCUCCCUCAGCACCAGCCAACCACAUCCCUUAUCGGGUGGGUUCUUCUCCUUCACUACACCAAAAAGCGUCUUCUCGAUCGUUAUCACCGGCCCCGGCGGCAUGGAAACGCUUUUUUGGUCGUAAGACAAAUGGUUCGGAGGGUGAGCGCGGUCGAUCUCCUGUUCGCAACGAGAUGUCUGGCUUCGUUGAGGACACGGAUUACCGCUGUACCACACCAUCAGACGGUACCCGCACAAGAGACAUCUCGCCUGAGUCUCUUCGACGGUUCCUAUCUGAUGAUGUUCCCCGCCCUGGCUCUAACCUAAGCGAGAGACCAUCAUUAAUCAUCCCCGAAGAUGUUGUCGAGGAUAACGAAAACGAAAACGACGACGACGACAACUUCGCGACUUCAGCAGUAUCUGAGGGCCAGGCUUACGUUACUGGCCUUUCUCCGCCUCCCUUCAAGCGAUCUGUUUCCUCUGAAUCUGUUUUGGCAACUACCAUCGAUUCGAGUUCACGGCCACUUGUCUCUACGAAGCCAUCCAAACAGUCUCUACGAAACAACACCGACGUACGUGCGUCGGCCGUAGCACCCCCCCGUCCUAGACCUAUCAUGCUUCGAGCACCCCACACUCGAAUCAACCCUGCCACCAGCUUCUUCCUAUCACCGGCCACACCAAACUUUCCCGAAGAUGAUGGGAUCAACUUCUUCGAUCUCACCGAUGACGAGGACGAUGUAGUGUCAAACACUAACAGUGAGAUCCUCUCAUUUCAACCUGCUUCUGGGAUGCCUUCUACCAUCGACUCUUUCGAGUGUUACAGUCUUCCUGAGUCGCACGAGCACGGAUCUAAGAUUACGGAAUCCCAAUCGACCUUCGCCAAGACUGACUCCCCAGCCUUGAUGCCUCGAAGCGACUCCGCGUUUGCAGUGACCGAAAGCAACUUCCUCGGAGCUCAUAUCGAUACAGGACUGGACAAUUUUGCAGCUGAGUUAGGUUGGAUGGCCGACAUCAUCGGCUCCAGCACCAACUAA